UCUCUCAGCCUCAAAACAUCCUCCUCCUCGCUGCCUUUCUCCCACCUCCCCUCGCGACCCAGGAGAGGCAGCGGGCAUGGCGGCGACGGCAGAUCCGAGGGCCAAGCCGCCGCCCGCGCACCACCUCGAGCCGUGGGCGCGCCAGCCGCAGCAGCCGCCUCGAGCGCACCGCGUCCGCGCGCCCGCCCACCAAACCGUUCAAGAGUCCUCUUCGGUGGGGGCCUCCGCCGCCCGCGAUCGGCGCCGCUCCUCGUCCGAGUCCCACCGCAGGAGCAGCGGCGGCGGCGGGACCGAGGAUCUCCGGGGCAAGCUCGUGGGCCACCUGCGGGACGCCGCGGACCGUCUCCGCGCGCCCCAGCCAAGCCCGCCUUUGCCCCCGCCCACGCCCACGCCGAAGAAGCCGGAGCCGGAGGCCGAGCCAGAGACCAUGGCGCCGCCUCCCGCGCAGGAGCCGGACCCGGAGCAGCAGCCGCAGCAAGCGGAGGUGGCGGAGAAGCCGUGGAAGCUACGGGAGCGCACGCGGCGGCGUCCCGCUGCUCUGACGUCGUGGCCGGCCUCGACCCCGUCCCCGUCAAGGCGCCGCAAGCGCGCGCCGUUCUCCGUCUCCCUGGCCCCCGAGGAGAUCGAGGAGGACAUCUACGCGCUGACGGGCGGCCGGCCGCGGCGGCGGCCCAGGAAGCGGCCGCGCGCCGUGCAGCAGAAGCUCGAUAUUACUCAAUUGCCCUUCCAUUUAGACAUCACCUCGAUCGGUCGAUACGCUUUAUGCUCGCUGAACUAGUAUAGGUGAGUAUACUAGUGGUAUAGGUAUGAAUUCCAAAUGCAGCAUCAAGGUGGAGAUCCAUGAUGGACCUUACAAUGUCAUUAAGAACUGGAACUACACCGGCCUUGUGGAAGCCAUCCACAAUGCGGAGGCUAAGUGCUGGACUGCCAAGAACACAAGUACCCUUAUGACUGGAGAUUGAAAGAACCAACUAUAUUCCAAGCAACCAAACAGUGGUUUGCCUUCAUGGAUGGUAUUCGGGAUGCUCUAUUGGAUGCAACCAAACGGGAACUUGAGUUUCUUCUCAGCAAAUAAAAGGAAGAUAUAGCUGAAGAGAAGGAUGCUUUUCCCAGACUGGAGAAUCUGGUUAAUUGAGGAGCUCGAGAGUACCAUACUCUGGAAUCAGAUCAUAUACCAUUGGACUUUUUCUGCCAUUCUUGUGCCAUCUUCUUAUCAAUUAUUUUGAGUCUUGCUUAUGAGCACUUUUUCGGUUCUUACAACAGAGCUCAAAAUCCUAUGACAGAUGUGGGUGGUUCAGUUUUAAUUGCUUCUGCAUGGUCACGAGAGUGGUGCUCUGAUUCUCCCAUCAAAGGCCUCAUACACAGUCCUAUAUCCACCAAUGAAGUAUUUCCAUAUGUACCUUGUUGGGUUUGUACCAGUAUUAUAUGUGCUUGAACUGUUCGAAUCUUCUAGAGCAAGUAAUUCUUGGACUUUGUUUUUUAUUCGUUUGCACUAUUGUAACCGGCACAUAUUUUAUGUAUUCGAUAUAUACCGGCCUUUGAAGCUAGCUUAAUUUCAGACUGACAUUUGAAAUGAUA